AUGAAGGAUAUGGAGCGAACAUUUUGUGAACUUAAGAGGCAUUGGCAAGUACUAGCAUUCGGGGCACUGUCAUAUGAAGUCAAAAGGUUGCAACACAUAAUGGCUCACAUUCAGCCGUCGAUAGAGUGUUGCCACGAUUAUUUGUUUGACGAACCAGAUGAGGAUUUAGAUAUGUUUGUCGAGAGCGAAGAUUCGAAUAACGAUGACGAGAAAGAUGUUAAUGAGAAUGAUGAUGACGAUGACGAUGAUGACGAUUCCGAGUGA